CGGAUACCGAUGUUGAUCCACAAUUGUGCUACUUGAUUAUUGUGUUACAUAUAUGCAGGUGACAAAAUUUUUUAUUCUUUUUAUUUUUUUUUUUUUUGAUAAUUAUGGAUGAAAAUACGGCUAAUGGUGGGCAAUCUGAUGAAGAAGAAAUCGUAUCAAUAGAAAUAGAAGGAGAAUCAAAAUUUUUGCCAUUUUUUUUAUCGCUUAUAGAAAAAUUGAGCAAUAUAUAUGAUGAAAUGAUAGAAAUAUGUCAAACAGCGAAACAUAAUAAAGAGUCUUGUGAGUUAAUAUUAAAUAGAGUAGGAAAAGCUGACAUGUCUUUAAGUAAUCUGAAAACUUACAGAAAAGGAAAUUUAGAAUAUUUUUCAGAAGAAAAUUAUAAUAACUUGCAUAAAUUAGUUACUAUUAUAGGUAAAAUGCGUGAAUUUCUUACAAAUCAUUAUAAAAAAAAUCCUGAAGAUUUAAGUAAUGAAUUCGAUUUUACGGUUCAACUUCUGGAUUUGAAUUUAGAAACCCCAUUUUCAAAUUUUUUACCAUGUGAUAAAAAUUUGAAAUUCUUGCCGCUUAUAAGAGAAGUGACCAAAAUAUAUGACGAGAUAUCAGAAAUACAUCAAUCAGCUCAAUAUAAUAAAAAAACAUGUUUGUUAAUGUUAAAAAAAGUAGAAAUAGCUGUUACGGCUUUGAAUAAUUUAAGAAUUCAUAGUAAGGAAAAUUUUAGAUAUCUUUCAAGAGAAAAUUAUAUUAAUUUAUGUAGUUUAAUUACGAUUAUUGGUAAAAUAUGUAAAUUACUGACAGAAAUUUCUCGGUUCGAAAGUUACCAGAAGUUUAUUCAAAUUGAAAAAAAUAUUGAAAUUUUUAGAGUUUGUACCGGAACAGAAUCCGCAUCUAAAAUAGAAGUACCAUUUGCAAGUUUUUUAUCACUUAUAGAAGAAAUGAACAAAUUAUAUAAUGAUAUAGUUGAAAUACAUGAGAAUGCGCAAUAUAAUAAAAAUACAUGCGAGACAAUGUUAGAAAGAGUACGAAUAGCUAUCACAGCUAUAGGAAAUUUAAAAAUUCGAAAUUUAGAAUUUUUUUCGAAAAAAAAUUUUAAUAAUUUUCAUAAUUUAGUAGCUGUUAUUAGUGAGAUGCGCCAUUUUCUUGCAGAUAUUUCUCAAGGUUCUAAAAAAUAUGUUCAGGCUAAAGAUAUUAAUGAAAAAUUUAUUAAUUUGAUUGACGAAUUUGAAACUGCCAUUCGACUUCUGCAAUUUCAUUUAAUUAUUUAUUUUGCUGCACGUGAUAAUGAUGAUGAGAAUGAAAGGAUUAGAGCUGAUAUCGAAGAGGAAUGGAUCAAAAAGAAAAUAGAGGAUGCAGAUAUUCUUUAUUUUGAAUAUAGCGAAUUUAUUGGAAUUGAAGAGAUUGGCAAAGGAGGAUUCGGUAUUGUGAAUAAGGCGGAAACUAGUGAUAAAAAACUAGUUGCAUUAAAAGGCCUUAUCGAAAAGAAAAAUUCAAAAUUUGAAGAAAAUAUUAUUAAAAGUUUUGUAGAAGAGGUAAGAACUAUAUUUAUAUUAUACACUGGGCGUACAAUAGAAAAUAUUAAUGUUACCUUUUUUUAGUUAAAACUCCUUCGUACUAUUAGUUAUCACGAUAAUAUCAAUAGUUUUCUUGGGAUAACAAAAGGUGUGUACU